CCUAGACAGCGGAAGUUGAUUAUGUAGAUAUGUGUUGUACCUUGAGUUUAUGAAACUAGAGAAAACUGGUUUUAUUUGCAAUAUUAAGGCAAUAUUCUGAGGGAUAAUUAAACUAAAGAACAUUGGUUUUAUAUUUGCAAUGUUAAUCUGCACAAUUAUUCGAAUUGAACUGAACUGAUCCAUAUUUUAAGAAUAAGCCUGAUUAAUUUAAAAAAGAAGAAAAAAAAGCAAUAAUCAAAGUCACAUGACUUGCGCAGACUCCUGUGUAAAAAUUUGUUUUCUGCAGUACAGUUGUGCGAGGGUGUUGGAACUGGACUGAUGCUGAAUAAACGGCAAAAUUAUUUAGCAUAAAAACAACAUAUUUGUUUUUUUAUGUUUUACGAUAGUUGCUAUUAUUAUUGAACAAGCCAGUCUGUAUCUGCUAUGAUGGGCGUUUUAUGUCUAAUUCGAGAUCGUGUUUUUUUCUCUCGCUCUACCCCUGGCUUGGUUGCUGCGAUCCGCCGGGGAUAUUCACUCUCUGUCUCCCAGAAUUUAGUUCGCACUCAAGCCUAUAUCGGUGGUCGCUGGGUGUCCGCUCCUGCUUCUUUCCCAGUGUUGGAUCCUGCAACUGGGAAGGAGCUAGCCAAGGUGGCGGAUUGCGGGACCCAUGAGGCCAAAGAAGCUGUCAAUGCUGCCUAUACUGCAUUUCAGUCGUGGAAGCAAAGCUUAGCUAAGGAAAGAAGUGUGCUGCUCCGAAAAUGGUACGAACUGGUAAUGCAAAACAAAGAUGAUCUUGCCAAAUUAAUAACAGCAGAAUGUGGGAAACCUUUAACAGAAGCCUAUGGGGAAGUUGCGUACUCUGCCUCCUUUCUCGAAUGGUUUUCUGAAGAAGCUCGGCGGGUCUAUGGCGAUGUUGUCCCCCUUACUGCAAAGGACCGAAGGAUUCUGUUACUCAAACAGCCUGUGGGAGUAGCAUCGAUUAUAACUCCUUGGAACUUCCCCAGUGCGAUGAUCACUCGGAAGGCUGGAGCAGCCUUGGCAGCAGGAUGCACAGUGGUGGUGAAACCAGCUGAGGACACUCCUCUAUCUGCUCUUGCGCUGGCUGAGCUGGCUUCUCAGGCAGGGAUCCCAGCGGGAGUCUACAACGUUCUCCCCUGCUCGAGGACCAGCACCCCUGCUGUAGGGGAGGUGUUGUGUACUAACCCGCUGGUUGGCAAAAUCUCCUUCACAGGCUCAACUGCUACUGGAAAGGUUCUGCUGAGACAUGCUGCUGGCACAGUGAAGAGGGUCUCGAUGGAGCUGGGGGGAAACGCUCCAUUCAUUGUGUUUGAUAGUGCUGAUGUGGACCAGGCUGUCAUUGGGGCCAUGGGCUCCAAGUUCAGAAACUCUGGUCAGACCUGUGUGUGUUCAAACCGUUUCCUGGUGCAGAAAGGGAUCCACGACAUAUUUGUAGAAAAACUAGCGAAAGCAAUGGAGAAACAGCUGCAUGUGGGACAUGGGUUUGAGUCAAAGACCACACAGGGCCCCCUGAUUAACGAAAGAGCUGUGGAAAAGGUGGAGAAGCAGAUAGCAGAUGCCGUGUCUCACGGUGCCAAAGUGGUAAAAGGAGGGAAGCGUCUCAAAGGGUCUUUUAUGGAGCCAACUCUCCUCUCCAACGUUACUACAGACAUGCUGUGCACUCAGGAGGAGACGUUUGGACCCCUGGUGCCGGUUCUCAAAUUUGACACAGAGGAAGAAGCACUUGCAAUAGCUAAUUCUGCCUCAGUAGGUUUGGCAGGUUAUUUUUAUUCCAAGGACCCCAGUCAGAUCUGGCGAGUUGCAGAGCAGCUGGAAGUGGGGAUGGUCGGAGUGAAUGAAGGGUUGCUAUCAGCUGCUGAAGCUCCUUUUGGUGGUGUGAAGCAAUCUGGCAUCGGGAGAGAGGGGUCUAAGUACGGAAUUGAAGAAUACUUAGAAGUCAAAUACAUGUGCUUUGGAGGGCUGUCAACCUGAACAUAGAGCAUCAAUACCCCUCCUCCCUGAUCAUUGUUGUCCCUUUAUGUAAAAAGAGGGAAAGAAAAGACACAGUAAGAACAGUAGUGGAAAGUUACCCAUUAAGCACAAAUGUUGUAAUUUUAAUUGUAAUUGUUUUAAUAACAAACAGAUCUACUGUAUCAACAAAUAAUCUUAGUUUCAGUCGCUAGUAAAUAGCAGAAGGAUUAAACAUGUAGGUUUUUAUUUCAAAUUGUGAAUCAGGAAUAAGCACAUUGUUUUAUUUACAUUCUACUAACUUUUUGUUUAUUGUAUUUGAUAGUCCUUUAUCAUAGUGGACAAAGAAUGUGUUACAGAAAAUGAUAAAUAAGGUUAACAUCUGUUUGUGAAUUUUCACUGGGAACCUUUUAAUGACUUGAAAAGGUCAGAAUUAAAGUAAAUGUGAAAUGAAACUGCCAAAAUUCACCACGAUCUUCAAUAGUAUUGCUAAUUCAGAAUAAAACCCCAUAAUUACAUGUAUGUAUGAAGGAUAAAAAAGGUUAAGAAUCUUGUCUACAUCAUAUCUAAACUGUAUUGUUGCCAAAUUAAAUUAGUUGUUGUUUAGAAAAGAUGUUCUACAGAGAUUUUUAGGCAAUAAUGAUGUUGUUCUUGACUAUCAUAGUGUAUGCUGUUUUGAUGUUGUAAAGAAAUUUACAUGAAAUAAAUAUUAGUUUUAAGAGAAA